GGGAGAGCGGAUAUAGUGAAUGCGGGGUCCGAGGAGAGCGGAUAUAGUGAAUGCGGGGUCCGGGGAGAGCGGAUAUAGUGAAUGCGGGGUCCGGGAGAGCGGAUAUAGUGAAUGCGGGGUCCGAGGAGAGCGGAUAUAGUGAAUGCGGGGUCCGGGGAGAGCGGAUAUAGUGAAUGCGGGGUCCUGGGAGAGGGGAUAUAGUGAAUGCGGGGUCCCCGGGAGAGCGGAUAUAGUGAAUGCGGGGUCCGGGGAGAGCGGAUAUAGUGAAUGCGGGGGAGAGCGGAUCCGGGAGAGCGGAUAUAGUGAAUGCGGGGUCCGGGGAGAGCGGAUAUAGUGAAUGCGGGGUGUCAGAACACAGAGGAUCGCAGUGUGUUGUCUAUGGGGGGGCUAUGUGGCCGCAGAUAGGUCAGGG